GGAUGGGCCACAAUAUUAGGCACACCUGCACAAUCAAAUGGCAAUUCCGCCUUUAUAAGACCUAAUACUCAAUUCUGAGGUUGUCAAAUAGGUCGUUAUUUAACAAUACGGUGAUUAGUGUGGUUUAAUUUGGUGGUGUUGCUAAAUAAUGACCAAAACCAAGUGGAAUAAUUACUAUUAAAGGUGGUUUUGUAAACGGUACUUGGGUUGGAUCUCAUUCGAUUGGGCAGGUGUACUAGACAUCAGAAUAAUUUUGUACUUUAUAAAGUAUAUGAUGAGCUUCUUCCAUUAGUCUGAAGGUCCCCAUUAGGUUUUUUUAUCAUCUUAAAUCCAUUUCGUGCAUGGACAGGAGAACUGAGCGUGGCUUCUCGUGUCGCGCCAUGACGUAACAAAUGAUUUACAAAUGUUAUUCCAGCAUUAUUGGUGUGGGGGAAAAAAAACACUUCUAAGCCAUAAAUGUACAAUAGUGCCUCAAUUUACAACUUUGAAUUCAAAUCGUGAUUACACUCAGAACUCAAGACAUUCGUGUCUCAAAUCAUCUUUCAGCAUUGAAAUGAAUGGGAACACAACUAAUCCGUUUCAUCCCCCACAAAAACACCAAUAUUAUUUUUAUGUGCCACUUUUGUGUCAUGACAAGGUACCCUGAACAUUACUUAUGACUUAUGCAUUCAUGUCAGUCGUGCAAUAACUCAUCAUGUACCGUAAUUAGCAAUACUUUACUUGUAAGUGUGAAAAUCAAGGAUUACUGUAGCAAGUUCUAUUGACAGGCACAUCAAUGUGAGAGGGUUUGGGAUUGGAGACGCAUUUGAUGAAGGGGAGGAACUUGAUGUGAGAGAUGAGGAUAGGAUGGAGGAAGGAUAAAAGGAAGACUUAUUUAAUGGACAAAACUAUUGGGAGACUUGGCCCUUAGUACCUAAAAGAAGUGAAAAUGGAAAACAGUAUAGUGUUGGUUCUCUUUUCAGUUCAACUCUUCUGGCAAGACUUGGGUCUGUGGGCUUUGUCCAUUUUUUUUGCCCUGCAUGAGACAUUCACAAAUGUCGGUUUUCCCCCUAAAAUGAAAUGAAAAAAGAACGAGGGUGAUUGUUGGAAAAUGUAGGAAAAUCGGUGAUCAUUUCGGAGGUGACGGCAAGUAGGAAAACAUUUGUGUUGUAGGUUUUCAAUGACUAUUUACUAUUUAUUGACUUAUUUAUUUUGUUCGUAACUGUCUUAAACAUUUGAGCAACUCUAAGCCUUUUUGAACAUGGUAAACUGGACUCUUAAUUAGCAUUCAUUUCUACCUGACCUGUGUCAUUUGAAAUAUUUCAGUUUUGUUUGAGCAGCUCUUCAGUAAAAAUCUUUUAGAGUAGUAACACACAAUGUAUGUGGCGAUUUUCACUGCUGUAUUGUAGCAGUCAAAAGCACUUAUGUGUCUUAUCGCAGCAAUUGUCUCUUUUGGUACUUAGGUAAGAUUUGAAUAAACUGAUUGUAUUCACGGGAGCGAUAACAUUGUGGAACGAAAGCGACAAAUUAAACGGGGUGUCUAUUUUGACCACACUCUCUUCCCGUCGUGUGCUUGCUUUCGCGGACACUAAGUGUUUUAAAGUUUCAAUUGAGGAGAAAUCAUUGCUAUGCAUGAUACAAAAUAACAUUGUGAGACGUUGAAUCUACAUUAUGAAAUGUCCAACACGUAUGAAGCAUGUGUGCUAAAAUGAAGAUAGUCACAUGCCAGUUAUGAGCAAUACAUCAGCACUUUCUAGUGUACGCAGUAACCCAGAUACAUAUUGAAUUAAGUUAAUUGGUCAUUUACGAGGGUCCGUGAACACGUGCUAUGGAAACUUCAGGUGAGGCAGGGGGAGGAGCAUGUUGCUGUUGUUUGAAUGAAAUCAGUCUUGAUAAAAACAGAUACGAGCUUUCUGUUAUUAAUUAAUCCAUUCGUUUGUGGGCGACUACUUAUAUCGUAAAAUACCACGUAACUCAGCAUGUUUUUUGGAUGUUUGUUCAUGACCCGAAUUGGAUUUGCGCUCGCAUGUGGCAUCUUGUGUCUGCGGCCAGCUUCGCUUUGGAAACGGAAUCUGUUCUCCAUUGCCAUCCCCGUGUAAGAACAUUUGAAAUCACUCCCCAAACCUGUAUUUAUGUCUUUAUGCUUUUAUCACAAUGCUUCCAGGCAGAAGUAGUCGUCACCGUGCUUAUCGUCUCCAAUGUGACUGCGCGCCUGCCCGUGUUUGUGCUCAUAAUUCAUGCAGACCUUGGCAUGACAAGAGACGAGGUUAUAUGGUCUUCUUGGAUCUCUUCUGGUUGUACAUUAACAAGUCGGUGCGCGUGAAGUGUCGGUGAGAGACAGAGGAAGUGCUUUUUUUAAGAGACAGACGUUUCAGCAACUGAUGAAGAGGUCAGGUGCUGGAUCUGUUCUGUUAUUUUUGUAUUUUGAGAUUGCCUGAUUUGCACAUUGCCUUGCACAAAGCCUUCAUGGAUUUUCAUUUUUUAGUCUAAGAGGAUUGCUCCAACUAAAAUGGCUUCAUGGGGAUGGUUCUUGUGGUUGUGUACAUUUGCGACUCUCGUGGCAUCCCAUCAAGGUAUCAUACAGUGUUUAAGAGGCGUCUCAAUGAACGUGAUCCUCCUGGACGACGAAGAGUCUCCCUGGAGCUUAAAGUUUGUCCGGGGACAAAUACUGAAAGCCUUGGAAUCCGAGUCUGUACAAGAAAACGACACAAAAUUCAAUCUGACGGUGAAAUUUGGCGGUUUCAACACAACCUAUUAUCGAAAAAGAGGCUGCCACAGCAGCGCCUGUGAAGGAGUGGCCGAGCUGAAAAAUCUUAUGCAGGGAAACAGCCUGGGCUGUGCCGUGCUAGGCCCCACAUGCACGUAUGCCACUUUCCCCUUGGUCGAUGCUGAGAAGGGUCUAAAAUUAAGCACGCCCAUCCUCUCGGCUGGCAGCUUUGGACCCGCCUGUGACAACACGCUUAACCUGCAGCGCCUCCUGCCACCCGCCCGCAAAAUCUCCGACUUUUUCGUCCACUUCUGGAAAGAUGACAACGACAUCAAGUCUGUGUGGGAGACAGCUUAUGUGUACAAGUUACAGACGAACACAGAGGAUUGUUUUUGGUAUAUAAAUGCACUGGAAUCAGCCCCACACAUGUUUGCUCAGAAGGUGAAAAGAACAAUGCUGCGCAAACCGGAGGACCUCAAAAAAGUCCUGUCGUCGCCCAGGAACAGGACAAGCAACUUGUUCAUUAUGUGCGGCUCUGUGAAGGAUGUCGCGGAGGUGAAGAAUCUCGCGAAAGAAGCGGACAGCAGUGAGAUUCUCUUCAUCUUGAUCGAUCUUUACAACGAUCAAUACUACAUCAACGCAACGUCUCAUCCAUCGAUGAAGAACGUGUUGGUCCUCACCAUGCCCAACACCAGGAAUUACACGAUCAACUCAGACCUCAAAAGCAACAGCACAAUGAACGACUACAUGGCGGCGUACCACGACUCGGUGCUCCUGGUUGGUCGGGUGAUUCGGGAAAUAAUUGCAAAACCUCACCCGGGAGCUAAUCACAUGCCAUACGUGACUGUGAAUUACCUUCGGAACACCUCGUUUGACGGCAUCGCCGGGAACUAUCGGCUUGACAAGCAAGGGGACAGAGACGUGAACCUGUCCGUCAUUUACACCACGAAUGAUCACAAGUAUCGAAUUUUAUUCGAGUUUGACACAGAGCGCAACCUGACCAUGCAAGUUGAGGACUACCCCUCCUUUGUCUGGGGGACAAGACUUCCGAAUUUCAAACCGGAUGAAGAGGAGGCGUCACAUAACAUCAUCGUCAUCAUCUUGAGUGUGAUUGUGGUGGUGGUGGCCAUCAUUGCUUUCAUCUUCUACAGACAGAACAGGAGAGAUCGUCUCCUGAGGAAGCGGUGCUCCAUUUCCCACAUCCCCUCCGAUCUCGUCACGCUGCUGGAGGACAACUCGCUCAACCAAGUCUAUCUGAAGAUUGAAGAGAGGAAAAAGGUUUAUAAGAUUCGCCGUGCGCUCUAUGAUAAGAAGAUUGUCAUCCUGAAGGAGCUCAACCACUUGGACGGUAACUUCAACGAGACGCAGAAAGUGGAACUUCAUGCGCUCCUGCAAAUCGACUAUUACAAUCUCACCAAGUUCUACGGCACAGUGAAGUUCGAUCAGGGCGUGUUUGGGGUCUUUGAGUACGGUGAGCGGGGGUCGCUUCGGUACGUGCUGAAUGACAAGGUGUCCUAUCCAGAAGAGACGUUCAUGGACUGGGAGUUCAAGAUCUCUGUCAUGUAUGACAUUGCCAAGGGCAUGUCCUAUCUCCACGCCAGCGCCGUCCAAGUGCACGGACGCCUCAAGUCCACCAACUGCGUGGUGGACAACCGCAUGGUGGUGAAGAUCACAGAUUUCGGAUGCAACUCUUUUCUCAACCCCGGCAGAGACUUGUGGACGGCCCCCGAGCACUUGAGGAAGCAGGGCACCUCACAAAAAGGAGACGUGUACAGUUUCGCCAUCAUCGCUCAGGAGAUAGUUCUCAGGAAAUCAACCUUUUACACGGAAUGCUGCUCGGACCGCGCAGAAAAGUUAUCGAGGGUCAUCAUGUCCUACUUCAGACCUGAUCUGGACUUUGACACGGCUACAGAAAAAGAACUUGAGGUAUACAUGUUGAUAAAAAGUUGUUGGGAGGAGGACGCUGAGAAAAGACCGGAUUUCAAGAAGGUCGAAAGCUGUUUGGGCAAAAUCAUCAGUAAAAUUCACAACAAAGACAACGAGAGCUACCUGGACAACAUGAUACGUCGGCUGCAGAUGUAUUCCAAAAACCUGGAGCACCUGGUGGGAGAGAGAACGGCUCUUUACAAAAUGGAGAGGGACCGCGCAGACUGCCUCAACUUCAUGCUUCUUCCACGCCCUGUGGUGAAGAGCCUGAAGGAGACGGGCGUCGUGGAGCCGGAGCUGUACGACGAGGUGACCAUUUAUUUCAGCGAUAUCGUGGGCUUUACCACGCUGUGCCAGUACAGCACGCCCAUGGAGGUGGUGGACAUGCUCAACGACAUCUACAAGGGCUUCGACAGCAUCCUGGACCACCACGACGUCUACAAGGUGGAGACGAUCGGCGACGCCUACAUGGUGGCGUCCGGUCUACCGAACCGUAACGGGAACAGGCACGCUGUGGAUAUCUGCCGCAUGGCCUUGGACAUUUUGGCCUUCAUGGGUAACUUCCAACUCAGACAUCUGCCCGGGAUCCCCGUGUGGAUACGCAUCGGCGUGCACUCAGGUCUGUGCGCAGCAGGCGUGGUUGGUGUAAAGAUGCCCAGAUAUUGUUUAUUCGGGGACACGGUCAACACGGCGUCUCGAAUGGAGUCGACGGGACACCCCCUGCGGAUCCACGUCAGUCAGCCGACUAUUAAUAUCCUGACGAGGACGGACUGCAAGUUCGAGUACGAGUACAGAGGCGAAACCUAUCUGAAGGGUAAAGGAACAGAGACAACCUACUGGUUGACCGGCGAGACGGGGGAAGACUACGACCUCCCGACUCCACCUACGACGGAGAACUUCCAGCGGCUCCAGCAGGACCUUGCCCACAUGAUCCUGGCGUGCCUGGAGCGACGUUCCCGAGGAUCCGUGCGCCGAAAGAGGCCACUCAUGAGCUGGAGCCAAGACGAGGACAAGGGGCGGAGAUCUGAAGCGGAACCCCCGGAAUACUUGCAUCUUGCCACUGUGGAUAACACCCUGAGCACCUUCCUGUAGAACAAACAUCUUCAUCAUCAUCAUCAUCAGGAAAAGACUUUUGAAUGUCCAAAAUUGAUCUCGUCUUUGUUUCCGUCGUAUACUCAACUCUGAUGUUGGGUACGACUCGAUCCAUCCAUUUUCUAUUGUGUUUGUCCUCAUUAGGGUGACGUCCAACUGACUUUGAGGGGGGGGGGGCACUUUGGAUGACACUUUGGAGUGCUCGCCAAUCAAUCGCAAGGCACGUACAAAUACAAGCAUUCGAUAGUCAUUGACUUGGCAACUCAACCCCCGCUGCCCGCAAAAUACAGGCGAGUGAAAAACGCUAUUACUGACACGACGGGAACAUUUUAACAACUAUAUUGUGACAUUAGAAAGCAAAAGACAGCGUAGGUGCGAUCAGGAGAGAGAAAAUGAGACGACACUUACAAAAAAAAGGACAUUUUAUUUUUGUAGAGAUGAGGAAUUCAUGUACAUAAAAUACAACAUUUUUUUUUCUCAAAAUGCUUUUAACCCUUUUGCGGGACAAAUAUUUUUUUUGUCUACUGCCGCUUGCUGCCAAACUGAAAAAGACGUCACAGUGCCGAAGGGUUCUCGGGUAACGACUGUCGCCGCUCACCUGUUUCCUUCAUUUUGUGAUUGUGACAUUUGCAAAAUGAGCCCCCGAGGCAUUGUGACGUCAUUUAAGGGCGACGGGUAAAACUGCAGCUCCUUUCGUAUGCUACACACACAACAUUGGACGCAAUAGCACGUUUGGACUUAGUGGGGGCAAGUCAAAGGUAUUUUUGUCAAGAUGAUUUCCUCUUUAAAUACAAUGAGGCUGCCCAGUCCGAUUAAAUCAAUUUUUGUUGAGCAUUACGUUCCGUCUUGGUUGUUAUUGUACAGAAAUAACGCAUGGACUCGGAGAAAUUCUACACAUCAAAUACAGCAGGAAACAUUUCAUGAGCGGUGAACAAAAUCCCAAACACGAAGUGAGGAUGUCACAAAAGCACCCUCGACAUGCAAACGGUGGCGGAUUGAAAGGAGCGAAUGUUAACGGGUGAAUAUGCUGCUCAAAACAUCCCGGCAUAUCUUCCGCCGGAUUUUGGAUUGGAUCAGUCAAACCCUAAAACGAUUGCAUAUACAAAAAAAAACAUUUUUUUUGAGAGAAACAUUUCGAAAGAAACCUUGAUAAUAAAUAAGACAAAUAUAAAAAAGAAUUUAAAAAAAGAAAAAAAAACAGCUCAAGCCCUCAACAUCUCUAUUUAGCACAAAUAUACAGCUGCGAUGUUUUUCUAUACCCCCUGGGGAAAAAAAAUACAACUCUGUUGCAAUCAAAACUUAACUCGGACUGUAAACUAUGCACAAAGUGAAUUCUAAUAUGCAAAUAAACACAACCAUGACCAUUUUGACAUGUCAGUCUUUUGCCGCUUGAAAAAGGCACUGAAUUUA